AUGGAUCUUUCCAAAACACUGAUUCGGACGGUGGCGCGCGCAUUCUACGAAACCCGUCACAUAUUGGUGGUCGAUGCGCUCUUUUUGCACUCAGUCCUUCACGCCGAGGACCUUGCUUUCUUGAUGGGCAUGCAGCAGAAAGAUCUCCGGAAGCUCUGCGCCAGACUUCGAGAGGACCGCUUAAUCGGAGUGAGCACCCGCGCUGAACUCCGUGAUGGUUCUACUCGCCCUGUCAACCGUGAAUACUACUACAUUCCUCUCCACCCGGUUGUCGAUGCCAUCAAAUACAAAGUCUCCAAAUUGACUGCCACAAUCAAAGCGCAAUACACACCCAGCGAGGAGCGCAAAGAGUACAUUUGUCUCAGGUGCUCCAAAGAAUGGACUGAACUCGAUGUGCUGAGUCUGGUGGGAGAAGAGGGAUUCGAAUGCCAAAAUUGCGGAGCGAUCCUGGAACGCACCGAGGAUGUCAAGGGGCUGGAAGGCAUUGAGAGUACAGGCCACGAAAAGAACAGCAAGCUGAUGGCACAACUUGACAAUAUGCUCAAGCUCUUGAAGCAAAUCGAUUCGGUGGAAAUUCCGCCAAAUGACUUUGAGACUGCUUGGGAUCACAAGGUGGAGGUUGCCCGGAAUCACAGCACGCAUCCAGUGCGCGCCGCGAUCGCUGUUCCCCCCAAGGCACAGGAUACCACACGCCCCAAUGCAAAGACCGAUGCAAGUGCCUUGGAAAUCUCUCUCACCUCUAGCGAGGAGAAGAGUGCCGCGGAGCAGGCCGACGAGGCAGCUCGCAAGGCAGCAGUUGAAAAGCAGAAUGCUCUUCCAGUUUGGCAUACCCACUCUACGGUCGAUGCGAACAAUGCUGGAAGUGUCCAGGUGAAGAACGAAGCCGGACAACUGGUGAAGCCCGAACUGGCGGACGAGGAUCAAAAGCCAAGUGUAGAUGCCCUGGACGACAAGGUCGCUGCAUACUACGCAGAGAUGGAGCGGGAGAAGGCGCUGCAGGCCGAACAAGACGCCAGCAGCGCAGAGGAAGACUCCGAUGAAGAGGACUUUGAGGAUGUUUCCGCCCCAAGUGGAGCAGGGACCCCUGCUGCAGCUGGUGGGCCUACGAGUGCCCCGGCUCCAUAUUCCGGAGGUGCUGGUGUUAAGCGUGAGCUUGAUUCCGGUUCCAGCGCCCCGCAAUCAUCUGUUGGAACACCCUCCACAACCGCGGACGAUGGUCCUUCAGCCAAGAAGGUGAAGGUGGAGCCUGAUAUCAAGCCUGAUCCCGAUGCCAAGGCAGAAUCUCAUAUCAAGACAGAACCUCAAAUCAAAACCGAACCUGAUACCAAGGAAGCCGAGGAAUCAGAUGAGGAUGACGAGGAGUUUGAAGAUGUUUAA